UCCUGCAUCCGUCGUAGACAGACAGACCUCCCGUACCCUACUUCCUGGCACACACCCUCUCACUCUCCCAUUCUCCUACUCAUCCGCCCACUCAUUCUUCCACUCCUCCUCUCUCACCCUCUCACCUUCUCACUCACUCAUACUGUGAACUCACACAUUUUCUAGCCCUUAUUCACAAUCAGGAAGACAGUCGGAUAAACCUGCGGGCCUCCCGUCGGUCUCUCCGCACUCUCCUCCAUCUCUCAACUCCUUCACUCCUUGCGUCAUCCCGGACGCCACCAACACAUCUCCACCACAGACAGAGCGAUGGGCAAGCUCAAUUAUACGCACCGCAAGAUCGGCGGUGAGAAGCUGGGCAAUGCCGUCAAGAAAGAUGUGCUGAAGCAUAAUCCACAACCCAAUGGCUCGAAAGCGAGGGCUCACAGGGAUCCACACCUCGACGUCUACCUGCAGGGGAGAGAGCUCGGGGACGUGGGCCUCAGAAUCGCCUGCGACGGCUUUGUUCAGGCAUUGUCCUCCGGCUCGAUCCGGCUCGACGAGCUUCACCUUGCCGAGAACGGUAUCACGAUGAGAGGGUUGAAGGCUUUGUGCGAGGUUAUCCGCCUGGCAAGCAACGACAUCAAGGACUUGGACCUCAGGGCGAAUAACCUUGCCGUUGUGACGCAGGAAGACGUAGAUGACUGGGAGCAGUUCCUGCGCGCCUUCCGGGAGGUAUCGUGUCUUCGCAGGCUGGAUAUAUCGGAAAAUCCAAUCGGCGACAAAGGCUACGAGACCUUCUUGCGAAUGUACUCCCGCGAGUCACCAAUCUACCUACCCAAACCACCAAAGUCGGAUAGUUCUGACGCCGGCUACGAUACGGACGAGCUGGACGACGAUUCGGAUGGCUCGGUGACGUUUCAUGCAAAAGCGCGCAGAUUGAGUGGCACCGGCAGGGACUCGGCCACCAGCACCGCGCAGACAACUCCUAUCAAGGGCGAAGCCAUGAGCUCUCCGUCGUCCAAACACCUCACCCUACGUCCGUCUCCGGGGAUGAUGCGUGAAUCCGAGAACGUCGAACUCCAGGGUCUCCGUUCAAUUCCAUACUUGAUCCUUUCCGAUACUGGUGUCACCGAUAGCGGUGCCCUUUUCCUCUCCUACAUUCUGCCUCUCCAUUACACCCCGCAGCGUCUCAUGCCAUAUUUCCCGCCACCCAAAGCCGGAACCCAGACCGAGACUUUGGAAGCCUACUACGCAACAUCGUGCCGAGGAGUUGUGUAUAGGCCCAACGAGCAGCUCAAUAGCCUUUUGAGCACCCGUAUGCUGGAUCUGGCGGAGGGAAUGAGAGAAGGAUACUCAAUCAAGAUCGUCCGGCCAGAAGUGAACCCAUUCAAGUACUCGCCAAAGAAGGCCAAAGAUUUGAAUUUCGCAUUGGGUGAGAUCUGUAUUCCACCACUGGUCCGUGACCUCGAGAGAGCCCGCCACAAGAUUCAAGGGUCGAUACUCAACGUCAACGGACCGCAUUAUAUCUCCUUGUGGAGUGCUGCUCUGAAGAUGCUGGCCCUCUCUCGAUUAGUCUUUUCCGACAAAGAUGCCGAGCCGUAUCGGGUCCCCAAACAAUCGCCUCACAGAAGGUCCCUACCAUCGGCAGCUUCUUGUUCGUACAUCAAUGGCUCUGGGAGCAAGAAGGUGUAUUCUCCAACCCAUGGGCUUGGACGAAAAGUGUCUUCUGGCUCUCUUCGUGACGAGGAUCCUGGCUCGCCAUCUGUAGACGGACGAUCUCUGGCCCAAGCCCUCGCAUCUCUUGCCACAUCCCCCGGAUGUCCGCAACGAGCCCGCAAGUCUUCAAUCCCACUGGCCGAGCACCUAACUGAAGUUCAAGACUCCGAAGGUUCUGUGUCUUCGGACCCUCCAGCUACCGAAGCGACGGAUGCAUCAACGCACGAAGAGCAAGGCGUCGACGAGACUCAAAAAUCCAAGCGCACAAACGAAGGCGUGAAGACCAAUGGUGGGGCGGACGUCAAGCAGAAGCUUCCUGGCGGGCUACCAGAGUCAAUUUGGUUCACGAUCGUUGCGAUGAGCGCGGACCCCGAAGGCCUGCUGAGCGACAACCAGAUGUGGAACAUGAUCAAGUGGGCAAAGGCGCGGAACACGCUGGAGAUGGAGAGGGAGCUGUCGGGAAAGCUGAAGAGUGCGCAGAUCUGGAGGAUCCUCGAGAACACUGGCUGUCUGGCUUAUGAGGGCUUGUAGCUGACUGGGUGGUGCAUAUCAACUGGGCCUCUGAGAUGCUUAGUGCCAUGGUGGAACGCGAG